CGGGGAGCCGGGAACAGGAGCCGGGAACAGGAGCCGGGAACAGGAGCCGGGGGCCGGCUUGGGAGCGGCGGCGGCAGCACGAUGGGGGCCUGUCUCGGGGUCUGCUCCCUGCUCAGCUGCGUGUCCUGUCUCUGUGGCUCUGCUCCGUGUCUGCUCUGCGGCUGCUGCCCCUCAGCCAAGAACUCCACCAUCUCUCGCCUCCUCUUCACCUUCUUCCUCUUCCUUGGCACUCUGGUGUCCGUCAUCAUGAUAAUCCCCGGCGUGGAGAAGGAGCUGCACAAGCUCCCGGGCUUCUGUGAAGGCAGCGGGUCUGUGCUGGGGGUCCAGACCCACGUCAACUGCAGGAGCUUCCUGGGCCACAAGGCCGUGUACCGGAUGGGCUUCGCCAUGGCCGCCUUCUUCUGCCUCUUCGCCGUGCUCAUGGUGUGCGUGCGCAGCAGCAAGGACCCCCGCGCCGCCCUGCACAACGGCUUCUGGUUCUUCAAGUUCCUGGUGCUGGUGGGGAUCACGGUGGGCGCCUUCUACAUCCCCGACGGGGCCUUCACCUCGGUCUGGUUUUACUUCGGUGUGGUCGGCUCCUUCCUCUUCAUCCUCAUCCAGCUCGUGCUCCUCAUCGACUUCGCCCACUCCUGGAGCCAGCUGUGGCUGGGCAAGGCGAGCGAGAGCAACGCCAAGGGCUGGUACGCAGCCCUCUGCACCGUCACCUUCGUGUUCUACGCCGCCUCCAUCGCGGCCGUCGCGCUGCUCUACGUCUACUACACCAAACCCCAGGGCUGCACCGAGGGCAAGGCCCUCAUCAGCAUCAACCUCCUGCUGUGCCUCAUCGUCUCCGUGGUGUCCAUCCUGCCCAAGAUCCAGGAGGCUCAGCCGCACUCGGGGCUGCUGCAGGCGUCCCUCAUCACCCUCUACACCAUCUACGUCACCUGGGCCGCCCUGGCCAACGUGCCAGUCCAGAGCUGUAACCCCACUCUGCUGGUGAGGAACAGCACCAGCACAGCGACGACCGCAGAAGCACCGACAACCUGGUGGGACGCUUCGAGCAUCGUGGGGCUGGUCAUCUUCAUCCUCUGCACCCUCUUCAUCAGCCUCCGCUCCUCGGACCACCCUCAGGUGAACAAGCUGAUGCUGACGGAGGAGGGCGGGUCUGGGCCGGGCCCGGGGGAGGCGGCAGAGCCGGGGCCGCACCGCGCCUACGACAACGAGCAGGACGGAGUCUCCUACAACUACACCUUCUUCCACCUCUGCCUCCUCCUCGCCUCCCUUUACAUCAUGAUGACCCUCACCAACUGGUACAGGCCGGAUGAGAGCCUGCAGGUGCUGAGCAGCCCCUGGACCGCCGUGUGGGUGAAGAUCUGCUCCAGCUGGGCUGGGCUCCUGCUCUACCUCUGGACUUUGGUGGCUCCACUGGUGCUGCCGGACCGGGACUUCAGCUGAGGUGGCCCCGGGCAUCCUGUUGCCAGGUCAGAGCCGUGGUGGCCUUGUCCCUCAGGGCCAGGGACAGCCCCAGCUCUGCCUUAGCCCCAGUUCUGCAUGUGGGAGCUGCUGUGCUGGGUUGUGCCUUCCUUGCAGGUCUUUUGUUUUCAUUUGAAAGGGAUGAAGUGCCAAGCAGAGAAAUCAAGGGCUGAGGAUGUUUUUGAAGCCCCCUUCAUGCCCAUGUUUGUCCAGUGCCUUUGGUGGUGCCUCCAAACCCUCUUCUCCCAGCAGAGACCAGUGCCUUGCCUCGGGAGGGUUUGAUUCUCACCAGCUGUGUUGUCUCACUUGCUGUCCUGGGACCGUGGUGCCUUUUGGGGGGCACUGGGGACCAGGACCCAGGACCUGGCCACUGUUGUGUCCCCAGACUGCCUGGAGGAAAACAAAUUGCUGAGAUUUGUGGCUGGAGGCAGAUAUCCCUCUGCAUCCCCCAGCCUCGGGGGUGGCCCCAGCUCCUCAGGGGCUCUCCUGCCUGGCUGUUCCCAUGGGAGAACAACCCCCCUGGUCAUUGCUAGAGGACAGGUUGGGUUUCCUG